AUGCCAUCAGCACGACACGAAACUACGACAUCCGCACGGGACGAUGGGCGCGACAAGCUGGAACACACAGAAACGAUGGUACGCGACGAUCGCGGAAAUCCAAGUCUAACGGAAGUGCGUGAUUACCGGGAGGGCACCAGAACCAUCCACCAUAAUGCCACGAAUGGAAUGACCGGCUUUGCAGCUUGUCAAGGCGAGCGGAACGACAUCGGUCAUCCGACCUACCGGAAGAACAAUUUUCGAACCGGUGUCCAAGGCGACGACUGUUCGGUCUGUGUCGAACCACUCACGGACGAAGAACGCGUGCAAGCUGUGGGGCGGCAUUUUCAUCGGAAUUGCUUCGACACGGCCCAUUCCGGUCAGUGUCACGGAUGCGGAGAGAACAUCCGUAUAACCCAGCCAUCGUUAACGGUAUCCGCCCUCAGUCGGGAUUGGCACACCGGCUGCUUGACCUGCGGUCAAUGUCCAGAUAAAAUAACGGGAGAAUUUCAGUGGUCGGGUGAUGCGCCGCUGUGUGACAACUGCUACCGCGGUAUUGCUCCCGGCUGCGCUGGAUGCAAUCAAGCGAUUUUUGGGGAUAAAUUGAAAGCGAUGAAUAUGUUCUUCCAUCCGGAUUGCUUCGACUGUCAGGUGUGUCACGAACCGUUGUAUAAGGGCGGUAAAGAUUACUUCAAUGUGGAAGGGAAACCUUACUGUACCCGAGAUGUUCAUUAUGUGACCACUGCAGUGUACGCCCCAGCGUAA